AUGCCCGUAGGCUCCAUUGGCUAUUGGUGCCUGUUUGGUAGUCCAGAGUUCAGUACAACCAUCAAGCUGAUGCCCGUAGGCUCCAUUGACUAUUGGUGCCUGAUUGGUAGUCCAGAGUUCAGUACAACCAUCAAGCUGAUGCCCGUAGGCUCCAUUGGUGAUUGGUGCCUGUUUGGUAGUCCAGAGUUCAGUACAAACAUAAAACUGAUGCCCAUAGGCUCCAUUGGUGAUUGGUGCCUGUUUGGUAGUCCAGAGUUCAGUACAACCAUCAAGCUGAUGCCCGUAGGCUUCGUUGGCUAUUGGUGCCUGUUUGGUAGUCCAGAGUUCAGUACAACCAUCAAGCUGAUGCCCGUAGGCUCCAUUGGCUAUUGGUGCCUGUUUGGUAGUCCAGAGUUCAGUACAAACAUAAAACUGAUGCCCGUAGGCUCCAUUGGCUAUUGGUGCCUGUUUGGUAGUCCAGAGUUCAGUACAACCAUCAAGCUGAUGCCCGUAGGCUCCAUUGGCUAUUGGUGCCUGUUUGGUAGUCCAGAGUUCAGUACAACCAUCAAGCUGAUGCCCGUAGGCUCCAUUGGCUAUUGGUGCCUGUUUGGUAGUCCAGAGUUCAGUACAACCAUCAAGCUGAUGCCCGUAGGCUCCAUUGGCUAUUGGUGCCUGUUUGGUAAUCCCGAGUUCAGUACAACCAUCAAGCUGAUGCCCGUAGGCUCCAUUGGCUAUUGGUGCCUGUUUGGUAGUCCAGAGUUCAGUACAACCAUCAAGCUGAUGCCCGUAGGCUCCAUUGGUGAUUGGUGCCUGUUUGGUAGUCCAGAGUUCAGUACAAACAUAAAACUGAUGCCCAUAGGCUCCAUUGGUGAUUGGUAUCUGUUUUGUAAUCCAGAGCACAGCACGUUAUUCUUGCUUCAACUUCCAGGCUUUUGGUUUUUGUGGUUUCUUUUGAUUCCAAAUUGGUUGUUGGCGUCUGUUUGGUAA